CACUUAUCAGAUACAACGGUUCACUGGAAGACUACUGUACAUCUCAACGGUUUUCAAAUGAACAAUUUGACCAUUUAGAUUAUAUAACAUUAUUAUAAGUACCACUUACAUUUAUUUAUUUUAAGUCUUUCAUUUAUUUUUUAAGGAUUAUUUUCCGCUUGAAGUUUUGCCGCCAGUCAAGUCUAUAUUCUGCGGUUACAUUGAGCCAAUUGAUAAAUCGCUGCUUUUGAGAGGAUUCUAGUCACAUUACUUUUCAUAAUGUUUCCAGAGUCAAGCACCGGGAACAUCUAUGAGGACUGCAAGGCCACAGCAAACUGGCUGUUGGCCCAGACCUCUGUUCGCCCUCUAGUGGGCAUUGUGUGUGGUUCAGGAAUGGGAGGACUGGCAGACAUGCUGAAAGACCAGGUGGCCUUCAACUACAAGGACAUUCCCAACUUCCCCCAGAGCACAGUGGAUGGCCAUGCUGGUCGCCUGGUGUUCGGGAUGCUGAAGGGAAGGCCAUGUGUGUGUAUGCAGGGACGUUUCCACCUCUACGAGGGAUACGCCAUCCAGAAGAUCACCCUGCCCAUGCGCAUCUUCAGCUUGCUGGGUGUAGAGACGGUCAUCCUGACCAACGCUGCUGGCGCUCUCAACCAGGACUUCAAGGUGGGAGACAUCAUGAUCAUGAAAGACCACAUCAACAUGCCUGGGUUCGCUGGCAACAACCCACUGGCUGGACCUAACGACGACAGGUUUGGCGUGCGGUUCCCAUGUAUGUCUGAUGCGUACAACAGAGAGCUGCAGCAGCUGGCUGUGGAUGUGGGACAGGAACUGGGCUACGGUGACUUCCUGCGUGAGGGUGUGUACUGUGUCCUGGGUGGGCCCUCGUUCGAGACCAUCGCGGAGUGUCGCAUGCUGCACAAACUGGGAGCUGACGCUGUCGGCAUGAGUACAGUUCAUGAGGUGAUUGUAGCGCGUCACUGCGGCAUGCGUGUGUUCGCCCUGUCCCUGAUCUCCAACAAGUCUGUGAUGGACUACGACAGUGAGGAAAAGGCCAACCACAAGGAAGUCCUGGAGACAGCCCAGCACCGCGCCAUCCAGCUGCAGAAACUGGUCUCUACCAUGGUCACCCGCAUGGAGUACAACAACAACAACACCAAUGCCUAAACGAACGAAUGGAACCAACCACCAAUCUCAUAGAAAUAUAAUUCCCACAACGGGAAUCCCAAUUCAAGUCAAUGGGUAGCUGACGGGUGGACUGGCAGCCAUUUUGAGUGUACCCAUGAAGAGGCAGUCAAAUUGCCGUGGUCUGAGGGGCUAUUUCCCUUCUAGGAAUUAUAUUUAUAUUGUGAAACUGGCCCUGGGUCACUAGAAACCGACCUCCUUAAAGCUAUGAAACCCAAUGAUCUGCGUUUGACUUUACAGUGCCUGAUCUGAGAGCUGCGUGGAACAGUCACUUAAUGGCUGACGCCUCACAGUUGUUGAGUCCCUCUCUCUUUUUAAAACAUUCUUCCUAUUUUCUAAACAAUUCUAUUUUUGUUAUUAUUGUUUUUUUUUAUUGUUGCUAUUAUUUUUAUUAUUAUUAUUGUCUAUUAGAAGUUAAUAGUGUUAAUUUAAUAUUGAUCUGCAGGUGUAAAUGUCUCGAUUUAACAUAACAAUGAGAAAGCGAUGAAUCUGCUGUACAUGUCUUAAUGUGUGUAUCCUGACUAUAGAUGUACAUUAGCCAUCGUAAAGUAUUAUUUCUGCACUUGUUCUUUUUUUUAUAUGAAUGUGGCUACUAAAGGUUAUAUUUAUGAACGUGA